UUGGAGGAUGUCAGACAGUAGCCCUUCGAAAAGAAGGUACUAUAUUGGACGGUGGAACGGAAAGCGUGCUAAAGUUGAAUCUUUAAAUAGUUUUGAAGAGGAUUAUCCCCCAGUUAGUCAAGUAAAUAGGAGCAGUGAGUUGUUUGAUAGCGUUUUAAAUGACGCUACUUUGUGUAAUGUUAAUCGUCAAGAGCAUUCAACUUCGACGAUCAGAAGCAGAGUAACAAAACCAAUUGCCAACACGUAUUUAAUUAAACCACAGACUGUGUCGUUCAAUCGCUUCGAGCUUUCUUCAGACGAAGAGAAAGAUUUUGUGAAACCAAUAAGUAUACCUCCAGAUCCAAAAAGUCCUUUGCAUGCCGAGGUAAAUUUUUUGGGAGAGCCAGUGAACCAGGAACUGUCUUUGCCAGCUGACACAGCUCUGAACGAUAAAAAAGAAUCGCGUAUAUCCAAAUUCAAUAACUUCGGUGUUUCUAACAUUCAAGUCAAAUCCCGGGAAAAUGAAAAGCCCUUCAAUGUAUGUAUCAAGAACGAAAACGUUGCUAAUUUCGAUUCAGAUUAUUUUUCUCAAGAGUCUCCUUCGCAGUCCCAAGAAUCUCCAUUCAGAAAAGUUUCGCGAUCUGAUCUUGCUAGGACACCUGUCAACCAAGUCAGCGGUUCUUUUGAAAAGUGCUCAGAUGCAGUUGAUAGUGUAUUGCAUUUGACAGAGCCUGCUCCCUUAAGUCUGAAAGCAACCAAGAAGAAUUUUCUGAAAAGUGGAACAGGGACGCGGAAGAGCCCUCUGAAGGCACGGUACAAUGCAAGGGCGUGGACCAGCUCGGGAGCCGAUUCACCCACUGUAUCAUCCUCGACCACAUCUUCCAAAAAUAACUUCGAUUUCGACGAUAUUGACGUUGAUGAAGACGUAUCUAAUAAAACGUCAGCGAUUCAAAUAGAAGCAGCCAAGUCAGUUCGAUACAAAGGUGUCUCAUCAAACGUAUCUUCGCUACUUCAGGAGGAAAGUUCAACUAAAUAUGAUACUACUGGUACCACAUCCCAAUUUGCAGUACCUGUCAUGCUAGCGUCCAAGACUGGUCUAGACAGGUUUGAAGCAACCCAGUUCUUGGACGAAGGGCAGAUAAAUGCGGAAUCUGUCAAAGUGUCCCGCAAAGAAAAGGAGCUCUACACAGUGGUGCGAAGUGUCAAGUCGAUGCAAACGACCUUGGAAGACGGAGAAAGUCAGAUGUUCAGUGAAGACAUGCAGUACAUGCUGGAAGGACUCGGAGGUCCAGGAGUCUCACUGUCGACCAGAUGUCUUUCCCUUCUCUCCAUGGCCACAAAAGCCACGCAGUCCAACUUCAGGGUUCAUUUCAGGGCCCAGUUAAUUCUGCCCCGUAUCUGUAUUCUAAUGAAGGAUGCACCUGUUCAUCCGGCAUUAGCACUGGCGACUUCCCUUCUACUAUACGUGCUCAGCAGGGAUAAGAUCCCACUACAUCUGGACAUUUACGCUCUAGCUCUCGUUAUACGUCUAAUCAAAAACGAAGAAACAGCAGAUUGGACUUCAAAUCGGAUCAAUGCUACGAACUCGGACAAGGAGAAAAGUGAAAAGAACGAGCUGUUCAAAGUGAAGACUAAACUAAAGAAGGUGUUAAUCAGCUUGCCUGAUUCUGCUUCCAAGUUGCUGUGUCUAUCAGAAGAGGUUUCACCCUCUGCACUUUCUCUAGAGGUGCUUUUAUCAGUCUACUGUGAAAAGUCAAAAUGGACAGAUGGCUUCAAAACACAGAUUAUGAAAAGUGGUGCAAUCGAAUACGUCGGAAAAGCAUACACUCUCAGUGCCGAUGCAGUGACACAGCAGAAGCUCUACAGUCUUUUGGGGGCAGAAGAACGGGAAAUGCUUGAGCUCCAUAUACAGAGACUACUCCGCUGCUCAACUCUGAUCGAAAAUGUUACGCACAGUCAUCAUGAGAACCAGAAGCAGUUGAUUCAAAAUGAUGGCAUUCGAAUUAUUCAGUCUGCGACCAGAGUUUUCAAGUUUCUUGUUAAAUCAGUUGGUGAAAACAGACAUGAAUCCGAAAAAACGGACGAAGCAAAACCUUCCACUUCUGAGAAUGAUCAUUCAGAAUUGGACAAUUACAAUCUACAGCCAUCAAAAGCAGAACAAAGUUUAGACAGCGAUCAGUUGCAGUUCUCAUUGCAAGAUUGCCUCAUCGAGUCUCUUGGAAUUUGUCUCAACCUCACAAAUGACUCAGAAUUGGGCUCCACCAAAAUGGGAAAUGAGACUGAAAUGCUUGCUUGCCUUGUCGAUUGUGCUCUUCAUAUACCAGGAAAAGUUUCAUCUGCCAAAAAGUUCGAUAUCACCAUUAUGAGUCUGGGCUUGCUGAUUAAUCUGCUGGACUGCAGUCCAUUAAACAGAAGACAGUUUAUGGUGCUGAAAACCAAAGUACCGCCUGGCGUACUCAUGCAAAGGGAAAGUCACAAAUCGAAAACGAGAUGCAAAAACAAUCCUAUGAAGGAUGUACAACAGAAUGAUAGGAACAGAGAAGUUUCUGCUGUGGAGGCCUUUGUGCUGCUCUUUUGCAGCCAGGAACAGCUGGUUGAAAAGAUAGAGGCGGAGGAGAAGCUGAACGAAACAGAUGCAGAUUCACACUCCAAUGAUGAAAUGACGAGCGGCAAGGAAUCGGUGCGGAGAAGCCAACGCAGAAGAACCAAACCAGCGGCCACUGAUUCAGCUGCGUUUGCAGGCGCUGAAUACAAUGAUAGAAGAGCAAGUUCUGGAGGCAACGGAUUUGACUCUUCGAGUGAUUUUGAAUGGUCAGAUGAUAAAACGCCGAUGGGAAAUGGAACCAAUAAGCAACAAACAUUUGAUGACGAGUUCGUGGAAGAUGAAGAAGGCGGUCUUGUUUGGGUGGGCAAGAAAAAAUCCGGCGCAAACAAUUCCUCGGACGAAAGCAGUCUGUGUCCGAAAAAGCGGUCGGAAAUGGAACAACAGCAGCGAUUGGAUGUUCUCGAGCAAGCCUUGUGUGCCGCUGGACGACACAUGGAGAGCUGUAUGACUGCAGCCUAUGCCGCACUCCUCAUUGGCUGUAUACUACAGGGAAACAUGAAUAACGUGAAGACGGUGCUGCAGUUUGUACCCAGUGGCAACUUUAGCAGCAUGAUCAAACAACUAGAGAGACUGCACAAGUUCAUGAGUCUGACCACGGCAGCUGACAGUCCCCUCAUGGCCUCCAUCUCAGACCAGAUAACAGUUCUCACUGAGGCUAACCAGAAAGCAAGUACUCUAGAGGACACGUUUUAGCAUGAAAAUGGACGCACAUGCGAACCACAUUUCUGAACUGUAUCUUGAACUAAAUUCGUAGCAGUUUUAAUGAGUCGUGUAAUUAAUUUGAUUUUGAACUUUUCUAAAUUUA